GCCAAGGCACGGUUUCCUGCGAACGCCAGGCGGCGGCGGCGCUGCCUCCCUCCGGGCUUUGGGAACAUGGCCAGAAAGGCUCUCAAGCUUGCUUCUUGGACCGGCAUGGCCCUUGCUGCCUCCGGCGUCUACCUCUACAGUAACAACUACCUGGACCCCAACGACUUCGGCGCUGUCAGGGUCGGCAGAGCCGUCGCCACGACAGCUGUCAUCAGUUAUGACUAUCUCACCUCCCUGAAGAGUGUCCCAUAUGGCUCAGAGGAGUACUUGCAGGUUCGAUCCCAGGUGCACCUCCGCUCUGCCAGGCGUCUCUGUGAGCUCUGCUGUGCCAACCGGGGCACCUUCAUCAAGGUGGGCCAGCACCUGGGGGCUCUGGACUAUCUGCUGCCAGAGGAGUAUACCAGCACGCUGAAGGUGCUUCACAGCCAGGCCCCCCAGAGCAGCAUGCAGGAAGUCCGCCAGGUCAUCCGCGAGGACCUGGGAAAGGAGAUCCAAGAUUUGUUCCUGAGCUUCGAUGACACCCCUCUGGGAGCGGCCUCCCUGGCCCAGGUCCACAAGGCGGUGCUACGUGAUGGUCGAACAGUGGCCGUGAAGGUCCAGCACCCAAAGGUGCAAGCUCAGAGCUCAAAGGACAUUCUCUUGAUGGAGGUGCUCGUUCUGGCUGUGAAGCAGCUCUUUCCGGAGUUUGAGUUUAUGUGGCUGGUGGAUGAGGCCAAGAAGAACCUGCCGCUCGAGCUGGACUUCCUCAAUGAGGGGAGGAAUGCAGAGAAAGUGGCCCGCAUGCUCAAGCACUUUGACUUCUUAAAGGUCCCUCAGAUCUACUGGGAGCUGUCCACUAAGCGGGUGCUCCUGAUGGAGUUUGUGGAGGGUGGACAGGUCAACGACAGGGACUACAUGGAGAGGAACAGGAUUGAUGUCAACGAGAUUUCCCGCCAACUGGGCAAGAUGUACAGUGAGAUGAUCUUUGUCAAUGGCUUCGUGCACUGUGAUCCCCACCCGGGCAAUGUGCUGGUGCGGAAGCAUCCAGACACUGGCAAGACGGAGAUUGUCCUGUUGGACCAUGGACUCUACCAGGUGCUUACGGAGGAGUUCCGCCUGGACUACUGUCACCUGUGGCAGUCCCUGAUCUGGCCCAACAUGGAGAAGGUGAAGUGGUACAGCCAGCGCCUGGGGGCUGCGGAGCUCUACCCCUUGUUCGCCUGCAUGCUGACAGCCCGGUCGUGGGACUCGGUCAACAGGGGCAUCAGCAAAGCUCCGGUCACUUGCACUGAGGACUCAGAGAUCCGCAGCAGCGUGGCCAACUACCUCCCCCAGAUCAGCCAGCUCCUCAGUCACGUGCCACGCCAGAUGCUGCUCAUCCUCAAGACCAAUGACCUGCUGCGCAGCAUCGAGGCCACCCUGGGCACCCGCGCCAGCGCCAGCUCCUUCCUCAACAUGUCACGGUGCUGCGUCAGGGCACUGGCUGAGCACAAGAAGAAGAAUGCCAGCUCAUUCCUAAGAAGGACCCAGAUCUCCUUCAGCAAGGCCUUGAACCUGUGGCAGAUCGACCUUCACGAACUAGGGCUGCGGGCGAAGGGCUGGAGGCUGGCCUGCUGGGUGUCGGCCCUGCUGUGCUGGCUGUUCCCCAUUCCACACUGAGUGUGGGCACCCCCCCUUGCCCCUGCCUGGUGUCUUUUCACACGCCCCUCCAUCCACUGGCCCCAUGUCUGUCCUGGAGGGGCCUGGAGUGGCUGUCCAUGGCACUCACGCUCUGCCUUUGAAACUCCCACUGCAGCUCUGUUUUGGGGUCCUGAAACCUGUGCCGGGGGAGAAAAGACUCAUCAGUCUCCUUCCCACUCGUGUGUGUGCCGUUGGCUCAGUUGUCACUUCUGUGCACCUUUCUGUUGUCAGGAUGGAGCAGCGGGGGACGUUCUGCUUGUAGGCAGUGAGUGUGGCCUCUGAACUUGUUGGAGAGCAGGCCUCCUUUUCUGACGUAGCUGAGGAGUCACAUCUCAGGCAAGGUGUCUGCACCUGAGGGCGCACCAUGUGUCUAUGGGUUUUUGCUGUCAUGGUGACGUCUUUCAUGUAUGCAUUGUUUCAAUAAAGCAGGGACUGUCCUUCUUGA